UAUUUCAUGCCCUUAUUCUUUUUGAAAAAUGUUGUAUUGGCUUAACUAUAUUUGGGCACGAUGUUGAAGGGAGUAAAGCGAUUCAUAGCAGCUCAAGAGAUACAUCCAUGGCGACACAAAAUCUCUGCAAAUCAACCCACAACCAAUCUGUUCCGCAACUCAGCUGCAUCAUUCUCAUCUUCUUCUUGCAAUUUCUACAUAAGAAAAAGAAGAAAGUGGCCAAUUCAACCGCACAAGAAACAGCUGCCCGAUUUUCUCGCUUUCCAAUUAGCUAAGAAAUCCUUCAAAAAAUCGAUCAAGAAAUCCAAAUCCCAUAAUCUUCUUCCUGACCUAAUCAACGCUUGCGCUGCUUACGAAGUCGAACCUUCUCCGCAAUCGUACCAUUUCCUCUUCAAAAUCCUGAUUCAAAACCGCCCUGCAAAUUGCCGCGACCAAAUCCUGCAAGUUCUGGACCACAUCGAGAAAUUCGAGAGCUUCGAGACGCCAGAAUGCGUCUUCAUCGACCUAAUCAAGUUUUACGGUGAAAACGGCAUGUUCGAUGAUGCCGUGGAGCUUUUCUCGACGACUCCUAAGUUUAGGUGUGAGCCAUCGGUAGAAACAUUGAACGCUUUGCUUUCAGUUCUUUGUAAGAACGAAAAGGGUCUCGAGAUUGUGCCAAAAUUAUUAGUCAAGAGCCAAUCAAUGAGUAUUCGGAUUGAAGAAUCCACUUUCGAGAUCUUGAUUAGGGCUCUUUGCGGAAUUGGGGAUUCGAGUAAUGCUUUGGCGUUGUUGAAUCAGAUGGUAGAGGAAGGUUUCGAUUUGGAUCAGAAGGUCUGUUCUUUGAUGCUCGCGACCAUGUGCCGGCAGCUAAAUUACUACGGCGGUGAUGGUGGUGGAAUUUUGGGAUUUUUGGAUGAUCUGAAAAAUAUAGGCUUUAAACCUAGAAUUAAUGAUUUCGUCAAUGUGAUUAGGGUUUUGGUGAAAAGGGGGGAAGGCAUGGAUGCGUUGGGAUUGCUGAAACAGAUGAAGAUUGAUAAAAUUAGGGCUAAUGUCAUAUGCUACAAUUUGGUGCUUGAUUGGUUGAUCUGCAACAAGGAGGUUCAAGUUGCAGAUAAGGUGUUUGAUGAAAUGCUUGUGUUAGGUUUAGUUCCUGAUAUACACACAUACAAUGUGUACUUAAAUGGCUUGUGCUUGCAAGGGAAGUUGGAGGAAGGGAUGGCAAUGUUCCAUUCAAUGGAGGAGUUAGGCUGCGUGCCUGACUUGAAAACGUAUAGUGUGGUUUCAAGCGCGCUCUAUGGAGCAGGGGAGCUACGUCGGGUGAGGGAUAUGGUGCAAGAGAUGCGGCUGAAAUGCACGCGUUUAGGUUUAGAUCAACGUAUGUUAGAGAUUUUGAUUGAUAGCUUUGUUAUUGAUGGCGAUGUGGAAGGAGCUUGCAGUUUGGUAGAUGAGUUCUUGUAUGACGAAAACCACAUUCCUCACUCGAAGGGUUUGGAUAAAAUCGUGUGCCGGCUGUGGAAGGCCGGCUUGCGUUGCAAGGCCGAGGAGCUGCUCGAGAAGAUGGCCGUGGAGGAUCUUGCAACGGGCGUGAGAGGCGCAGGAUGAUAUCUUGAACUAAGUUGUGUAUAUGGAUAGACUUAUUUUGCAGCUCGAGUUUUAGUGAAGAAGAACCCAUCUCACUGUGAUAUGUUGUGGUGCUAUUUGUAUUGGUGCAGCACUUGUGGAUUAGGCUGCAUUUUUGCUUGGAGAUAACUAAUGAUCAUCAUGCUUUAGGAUUCUUGAAUUUCAUCCCUAUUUAGCAUUUGAGUUGAGGCAAUGAUCAUUUUUUUUAUUUUUUUUGCAUCACAAGAAAUUCCAUAUGGAAUGUACUCGAUUAUUUCAUAUUUCAAGUUAUGUUGUUUUAGUUUUUAGUCAA